AUGCAUUCUUCCUUUAUUCACCGCGCACAGGAAAUGAUUGACAAAGGUUACGAACGCAUCCUUAUAUUAGAGGAUGACGUGCGCCUGGCACCCAGCUUCCGUCGCAGCCUGCGCGAAGUUAUGGCUGAAGCAGACCGCAUUCGUCCAGACUGGGAGCUGAUAUACAUUGGCCGGAAACGCAUGUCCAAGAAUGAACGACAGGUCGCAGGGUCCAGCAUGCUUGCGCAUCCCGAUUACACAUACUGGACUCUAGGUUAUGCGCUUCGCAGGAGCGGGGCGAUCAAGCUUAUUAACCAGCGUCCUCUCCAGAAGAUUGUUGCCGUUGAUGAGUACUUGCCCAUCAUGUUCGAUCGACAUCCGAAUAAGGAGUGGCUCAAGAACUUCGAACCACGCGAUCUGGUUGCAUUAUCGGCGGAGCCGCUACUUCUAGAGCCAACACACUACACUGGAGAGCCAAACUACGUGUCAGAUACAGAGGACUCCAAAGUCUUCGGGAUUUGA